GAGAUGCUGUCAACACUUAGGGCAGUGUGCGGGUCUCACCCUGCGCCUGUCGGAGCCGUGAGCUUGUUCAGAGCGGCUGCAGGCUCCUCCUCGCCCGAAGCCAGGCACGGGGGUGGUGGGAGGGCAGCAGUUUGGGAGCCUCGUGCUCAAACGACAGCUCAGGACACCGCGUUUGUCUCCCUCCCCUCCUACAGAGUCCAUGGACUGCAACAGGAGUGAUGGCUUCUACUACGACAAGCUCCUGAAAAAAUGCAUCAACUGCACCACGGUCUGCGGGCAGCACCCCAAGCAAUGCGCCCCGUCCUGCGAAACAGGUGCCUUGGUGGCCACCCCCCCUCCGCCGGCCGCCCUGGUCACGGCCUCGCCGCCCACGGCUGUGCUGGAGCAGAAGGCGUGCGCGGAGCAGGAGCCGUGGCUGGUGGUGUACCUGCUGCUGGGGCUCUGCCUCUGCGCCCUCAUCUGCUCCCUGCUCCUGGGCUGGACCCACCUCCGGAGGAAGGGAGAGGUGGUCUCCUGCCAAGCCAGUGCUGGGACCUGCCACCGCAGGGAGGACUCCUCCAAAGAUCGUCUGGUGGAAGCGGGCAGCGUUGGUGAUGGAUCCACCGGCAGCAGGGUCCCGGAGCCGGUGGAAACCUGUGGCUUCUGCUUCCCUGGACACGGCUCUGCUGUACAAGAGACCAAAUCAUGCCAUAACACCUCCUAUCACAUAGGGGAAAGAGCUGCUCCCUCUCACACUGGGAUAUGCAGCACGGGAAGCGCUGGGGCCAUUCCCAGCCCUGAUGAUGGCCACUUCAAAAUCAUAUGUUCUCCUUCACAAGAGAAGACCCUCAUGGUGUGACCGUAGUGCAUGUUCCUGCACAGGAUCAGAAAGGAGGGACGCUCCCCCUGCCCCCAAAACACAGCUGCUUCACCCUCCGUUUCCAGUGACUGUAACAGCUUCUACCAGGACUGGCAGACCUGGCACAGUCUUUGCCCAAGGGCUGUAGGCUACAGCCAGUGCUGUUUUCUUCUACUCAGGAGAUGAAAUUCUUGUUAUUCUCGUGGACUCCCAGUGAUAGAAAUCGCUUCCCAUUUAGCAGUGUUUUCCUCCGACUUGACCCCUGCAGACCCCUCGGCGCAUCCCAGGCACUGGGAGCGAUGUCUCAGUGGGGCUUUUCAUCCCAGUUCCACCAUCAGCGUCACUGUCUCUGCAAAGGGUGUUGAUGCAGAGCCAGGAUCAGGCUGCGGUGUUCACCAGUGCCCAUGGAGAGCUCGCCUUGCCCUGCUCGAAAACUCUACCAUGGAACACAAGCAGAGCUGCAAGCAUCUCGGAUGUGGACUCAGACCCAAGAAGUUACUCAUGGAAGUCAUGUUGUCCACUGAAUGCCACUGCCCUGCUCUCAAGAGUGGCGCGUUUUCUGACUUUAACAGAAGUUUCUUUACAGGACAGAAUAUUUGUUAAGACACGAUGCGGAAAGCUCUGCUGCCAGCUUUCAACACUGCUUGGGAGGGAAGGACAGGUGAUGGUGAUCUGCCUCGCAACGGGACACGAUGCCGCACAGGAAGAGCUGAGACAGGCACCAAAAUCCCCGACGCAACAGAGUUUAGAACGUGAAAACUCAUCCAAGUCUGAGAACUUUCUAAAAGACUGGACUUAUGUAUGUCUGGUCUGGGUUACUCAAAAUAGCUGGUAAAAGUGAUGAACCAGCUAGAGAUACGGCUGCUUUGAGAGAAGAUUUUUAUCUGACCUGACUUUGAAAGCUACUAUGUUAAAAUGUGGGGUUUGACAUGUAACUUGAAGUUCUCAUUUUCACUGGAGGAGAGUGUAGGAAUUUUUUGCUUGGUGAGAAAUCACUCCUGGUAGGAGCUCAUCCCCUCCACUUUCUCAAACUAGAGCUUCAAAACGUGGAAGAAUAAAUAUAACAGUAUAUCUACAAAUUGGUUCUGGGAAAGUAGAUGGAGAAAGCAUGAGCAGAUAGUUAUAACAGACUCUGUCCCCUCUCUAUAUGUACUUCUUUAAAAGUCAAUAUUUUCUUAUCACUAAAGAAGGCACCACCUGGGGGUAACCACGACAAAGCCAGUGUCAUGACUGAUGUCUGGUCACAAAGCAGAAAGGCAUUAGGACCACGUGAAACUCAUUACAACUAGGAAGUGCAAGAGGUGGUUUAAGGCGAGGACUAAGAUCCCACACGUGGCCCAGCAGUUGGUACGUGGGGCAAAGUUUUGCUGGCUUGAAUUGC